GGAUUCAUGUGAAUUUCUUGUGGAUUAUUUUGAUGUUUGGACUCUCAUUCUGACUGAAUUCACUGAAGAGGAUCCACAGGUCAAGUAAUGUUACAUUUCUCUGUAUCUGUUCUAAUGAUGAAAAACAAACUCUUGGAAGGCCUGAGGGUGAGUACAUUUCCAGCACAUUUCAUUAUUGGGUGAGCUAUUUAUUUAAAUUGAACAAACCAACUAAACUCUAAUUAACAAGCAGAACUGUAAAGAAAAUUUGCAAACAGAGCUUUAAGGGUAUAUGCUUUUUUUCCUAAAUCUCUUGUGCCGUGCUUUGCAUAAUAUGCCACAUUGUAUUAAUUUAUAUAACGAAAGCGCUGUCAUGCUUUGACAUACACGAUUGGUCGAAAUAAUUCACUUACGUGGCUUGUUAAUUUGCCGGGGGAAAAAGGCGUUUCGUUUUGAUUUUCAACCGCUGUCUUGUAAAUCAUCCCGCCCUUACGCGUUAUCGUUUUGAAAACGGUUAAUCAGGAUCCUGCUAAGAGGCGCGGCAGAAAACCCAGCGUAGACUUUUCUAUGAUUCCAGAAUGUACCAUCUGAGUCUCGUCCCCCUCUCCUCCCCCGCGCACUGGAGCGGUCGAGCCCACCCCGUCUUAAGCGCGCGCCGUGGUUCAGUCCAGACCAGAACAUCAUGGCGAUAGAUGGUGGAGAGCGGAAUUGUGGAGUACAUGAGCUUAUCUGCAUCAGAAAAGUGUCUCCUGAGGCUCUGGGGUUCCUGUCUGGCAUUGGUGUGUUCAUCUUUCUUGUGAUUGUACUCUUCCUUUACCUCAAUAACAAACUAUCCCUUGAGAGUGCCAACCAACUAUCCAGCCUUGACCAGUACAGAAAGAGCACAGAGGCAGCAGAUAAGAGCUAUGCGAAUGCAGACUACCACUGCUCGUCGUCAGACAGUGAUGAUGAGGUGAUCGGCCAGUAUCAGGAGGCCGUGUCUCGAUCGCAGGGUCUCCGGGGGGGUUCAGCGGGGACUAACACACGCCACCAGAAGGGCUAUGGCUGGGACACACGGCAGAAAUACUGCCCUCUGGCGGCUGAGUAUGAUGGCUACAGCAGCGAGGCCUCAGCAGACGAUGUAAACUGUAUCCAGCGGAUGAGACGGACUCCACCUUUGGAUGAGCUGCAGCCUCCACCCUAUCAGGAUGAGGACGGGUCGCCACGCAUGUCGUGCACACCUUCUGACCUGGGAGAUGCCAAGUGUGACCUUUCCCACGGGAGCGAGAGCCCCAGACACAGCUAUGGAAAAUGCCCAAGUGAGGUCAGCGGAGCACAGGAAACAGAGAGUUUUCUUAACAAGGGCUAUGAAGAAGAUGUACCCAGUGACAGUACUGCUGUACUCAGCCCAGAGGAUCUGUCUGCACGUGGAUCGGCGGCUCAGCUUCCCAAAGGUUACGACCCCGAGCCUCUCGCUCAAUAUGGAACUCUCGACGUCAUCUUCGACUACGAUUCGUCUGACCAGCGUCUGUCCGUCACGAUAACGGCUCUGACGGACAUUCCUUCUCUCAAACGCACCGGUAACAUCUCCUGGCAGGUGCAUCUGGUGCUGCUGCCCACCAAAAAACAGAGGGCCAAAACCAUCAUCCAGCGUGGCCCCUGCCCCGUCUUCACAGAGACUUUUCACUUCAGCCAUAUCGAGUCGGAGAUGAUCGGGAACUAUGCCGUCCGGUUCCGCUUGUACAGCGUCCGCAGGAUGAAGAAGGAGAAGGCUCUCGGAGAGAAGGUGUUCUACCUCACCAAACUCAACCUGCAGGGCAAGAUGUCGGUACCCAUCAUACUGGACCCCUGCUGCAACAUACCUGGCAGUGACUCUCAGGCAAGUGUGUCAGACGUAUCGUGCAGCGAGACGGCCUCGUCGUUCCCCUCUGCUGUUCAGGGGUCAGCCCCGGAGAUCCUGCUGGGGCUUGUGUACAACGCUACUACAGGACGUCUCUCUGUGGAGGUCAUCAAAGGAAGCCACUUUAAAAACCUGGCUGCAAAUAAACCUCCCAACGGUUUGUUCUGUUGUCUAAAGCACUUGAUAGGUGGGCAGGUGUACAUAAUCCGAGACACGUACGUAAAGCUGACUCUGCUGAACUCAAUGGGUCAAGAGAUGUCCAAGUGCAAGACGUCCAUUUGCCGAGGCCAACCCAACCCCACCUACAAGGAGACCUUUGUGUUUCAGGUAGCUCUCUUCCAGCUCUCCGACGUCACGCUCAUCCUGUCGGUCUACAACAAGCGCAGCAUGAAACGGAAGGAGAUGAUUGGCUGGAUCUCUCUGGGGCUGAACAGCUCCGGAGAGGAGGAGCUGACUCACUGGACACAGAUGAAGGAAUCGAAGGGACAACAGGUGUGUCGAUGGCACAGUCUUUUGGAGUCCUAGAAUGUCAACAAGUGAUGGCAAUGAUGUGUGUAAAGGCAUGGGUGACAGAGAGCAGGUCAGGGCCUCAAACGGCCCCAAGACGACAGAGCUGGCCCUCACUGGUACUGGCAUUAUGAGAAACAAAAGGAUGUAAUCUGCUUUCCUUCCCAAUGCACUGUGGGAAACGGGUUAGAGAAAAAGGUGAGAACGGGGUUAGAAAUGCCACAGCAUUUAUGAAGGAAACACUAAUGAGUUUUAUGUUUAUUCAGAUAUUUAUUUGUAUAUUUUUAACUUGAUGUUUCUGUUUUGUUCAGCUUAACAUAGGGUUAUGGUGUUUAAGGCACAGUAAGGGAGGAAAACCAAUUGGAUAUAUGUCUGAGAUCCAGACGUGAAAGAUCGACAGAGAUGAG